CCAAUUUGGGGCAGGAGCAAAAUCCUCCCAAGGGUUAUCGUUCGAGAACUUCCUGCUGGUUCAGAUUUCAGGUAGAACUUGUACUUAACCCUCACCCUGGCACCAGAGCUUACAGAGAACAGGUGAGUUCAGGAGACCACAGCACAGGGCACUUUCCUAUGAAAGAACCGGAUAAACAACCUCCAGGCUUGCGGUGAGAGCCGACAGCCAUAAUGGACCCCAGACCUCAAAAGAGUCCAGGAAAACAAUUAACAUUUUAUUAUGAAAAUGAAGUCUACAAACAAGACUACUUUAUCAAAUCACCACCUCCUCAGCUUUUCUUCUCCGUGCCCUCUUGGAAGAAACGGCUUUUCAUCCUGUCAAAGAGUGGGGAAAAGGGCUUUAGUCUUUCCUAUUACAAAGACCAUCAUCGUCGUGGUGCCAUUGAACUUGAUCGAAAUUCCAGUGUCGAAGUUGGCAUAAGCAGCCAGGAAAAGAUGCAAUCUGUGCAGAAAAUGUUUAAGUGCCACCCUGAUGAAGUAAUGUCCAUCAGAACCACAAAUAGGGAAUACUUCCUCAUCGGCAGUAGCAGGGAGAAGAUUAAAGACUGGGUCUCCUUCAUGUCAUCAUUUUGCCGGGAUAUAAAAGCCACACAUCAGAGAGCAGAGACAAGAGAUCAACCAUGCCUGAUGACACCACUCCUUUCUCCUAAGCAGAGGAAACUCCCAAUGGGUGAGAAAAGGCCCACUUCAGACCCCAGCCCUCUCCUUGGUCUUCCCAGCACACUGCAUGCUGUCGGCUCCACCUCGUCCAGGAAAAGCCUUCCAGGCAUGCAUUUAACGGAAAACAGUUCUCCAGGAUACAGGCAAAGUUAUCCAUCACAUGAUUUCUCCUCGAAGACCACAGAAGAUGCAGAAGAAGAAAAUUAUUACCUCAGUCCUCGAAGUAUUCGUUUAGAGUUGGACAAUAUUGAUUCUGCUGGUUCGGAUGACUCUAUCAAACCUGGUUGUCCAAAACAGGUCUCCAUGAGAUCUGAGCAUCAUUACAUGUCAAUGAAAUCCUGGUUUAACUUUUUAUACUCCAGUUUUUUCGAGGAAACACCCCAGGAGUCUGCUGAAAACCAAAAGGAGUUCCAGAUUCUUCCAGAGACCCAGGACAGGGGACUUCACCUGCAGGAACAAGGCUUGGGAAGUGAUUCGUGUCUUACACCUGCCAAUACAGAAGCACAGACCACAAAUGACAAAAAGGGGUUGGCCUCACUCACUGUUGUGCAGUUGUCUAUCUUAAUCAAUAACAUCCCUGAUGAAAGCCAAGUGGAGAAACUGAACGUGUUCCUUUCUCCUCCUGAUAUCAUAAACUAUCUUGCUCUCAUAGAAGCUGCAGGACGAAUAUGCGUGGCUCGGUGGGAAGGCCCCCCGCACCUGGGGUGCUUAUUCUGCCACGGAGAUCAUGUUUUGGCAGUGAAUGACCUGAAGCCCCAGAGCCUGGAGGAGGUCUCCUUGUUUCUCACCCGUUCCAUCCAGAAGGAGAAAGUAAAACUCACCAUCGGCCGGAUCCCAAAUUCCGAGAAAUUUCAUGGUCUAGCCUGUACCUGCUCCCUCAAAUACCAAGGAGUUGCAGCUCUUCAACAGAAGUCUGAUCUGGAAAGGAUCCUAAAGAGGAGUCCAGCCCUGAAAAAGGGCCAGCAAAAAGGAGCUGAAGAUUAGCCUGCCAAGGACCCACUGUGGCAGAACCAGGCUGGAGUCUAGCUUGUGUGCCUGCCUCGGCCACGCGCUGCCCUGGGAUGUGAGACAAGCCAGCACAUCUCCCUGAAUCCCAUGUCUGCAUCUCCACAGUGCGUAUGGCCAUCCCCUUUCUGGCCGUUGCAACAGGGAUGUUGAGAGGGUCAAGUGGGAUAAUGACUCGGGAACACCAUGGAAAUGGAAAGCCUUAUUAUCUAAGACAUUGUCCCAAACACGACUGACAGAUUGGGUACAGCCCCUCAUCUGAUUAAUCCAUGCUACGUGCUCUGUCAGAUCGUGGUCCACACAACCCUUUCUUUGUCAGGGCCCGUACAGUUGGAAGUACUCAUUCCGGGAAAGCAAGAUUCCCCAGAGGGAUGUGAUACCCUGUCAGCCUUCUCAAACCCCUCCUGUGACUUAUCAUCCCCAGGGGCCAGGAUGCUGACACCAAGUGGCCUCUUGGAAUCAGGAAAGAUCUGGUUUUCUUAAAGACCCAGUCGCUGUUUGAGAAGUUUAAGCAUUUUGGGUCAUAACCUGCUAAGACCUGCUUGCUUUCCAAGUAACAGGAAAAUUACUUAGCAUCUCUAGGUUGGGGAGUUCUUAACUCACUGAUGCAUUAACAAAUGGAUCCUGGCAGGCCAAGGGAACCAGAUCAUUUUCCAUAAGGAGGAGAGCGAAAGCAAAGAGCGAAAGCAGGGGGCGGUUGAGCCUGGAGAGCGUGAAUUACCGUGUUGUCAUUUCACCCGGAAGAAAUCAAGGCCCCCAACGUUGAGUGAUGUGCCCUCCUGGUAGUUCCAAGUUUCAGAGUUUUGGAGGGGCAAAACCGAGAAUCUAAAGCCAGCUGUAGGAAACAAACGUCCUGAACUUCAUCAGGUGUUUCAAUUUGGAUUUGCAGAGUCCUUCAGCACUUAGAAGGGACACUCAAAUGUAGUUCAUUGUCAUCUAAAUUGUACAACAUUCUCACGGACAUGCUCUAUUGAACCUACUGUACUCUAAAUGCUUCUAAAAAUGAAUGUAAUAGAAAUGCUCAUCCAAUGAUGCAAAGAUACCUGAAAAAAGGUUACUGUACAGCACUGUGGCAUUAUUUGUAACAUUAUUUCUAUAAAUGUCUUUUGCUUAAUUAUGAUUUCAUAUAAUUGAACACCACAGAUGUUAAAAAAUUUGACAUGUACAGUUGUGGAAAAAAUCAUCAUGAUAUAUUAAGACUAAAAAAGGAAUUUGCAGUACGAUAGUUAUAGCUUUAUCCUAUUUUUAUAAAAAUCCAUUAUACUUAGUGAAAUAAGCCAGUCCCAAAAAGACAUAUGUUUUCCCUGAUCUGAGGUAACUAAUAGAGUACCUAAAAUGUAAUGCACUGGAGUGGAAUGGACAUUGUAAGAUCUGAUGAUUGUUUACAGCCCUUGUCUCUUCCAUUGAGGAACUGUUUUUUUUUUUCUUCAUACUGUUUGUUGAUCUCUUUUACUUAGUAUAGUGUUAACUUUAAGACCUUAAGUAAACUGAAAAUAGAUCUUUGUAAAAAUGAUGAGUGGGAAUGGGAGAGGGAGGAGGAAGAAGGGU